AUGUCGUCAGAAUCAUCUUCUGAAUCGGAAGUCAGUGCUUGUAGUUCAAAAUAUGAUCCAAUUAAAGCUCUUUACACUAAUAAACCAAAGCUACCGGUCGAAACAGCUCCAAUGUACGAAAAUUUGCGACAAUUUGAAGCUGCUUUAAAGUAUGACACUUUACAAAGUAGUUCUAUUGUCCCUGUGGGAUGUAAAGAGUUGGUAAAUAAACGAGAAGAAGAAAAGAAAAUGAAAAAGGAAGAAGAGGAGCGGUUGCUCCAAGAAAAGAACAAACAGCGUUUCGCUCAGUAUGAAGGUCUUGUUACAAUACCCAAGAGGAGUAAAAAGAUUAAAAAUGUGCUGACGCGUAUAGACGACAUGAUCGGUCCUCUCGGUGCCCUGAAAGAUUGUGUCGACCAAAGGUUAAGGAUAAAGGUAAUAACUCGUAACGCGAAUGGUAUCCGCGGUGUUCUUCAUGCAACCCUUGUGGCUUUCGACAAGCAGUGGAACCUUGCUCUGUCAGAUGUACUGGAGAUUUGGAAGCGAAAAGCUCCCAAGAAGAGAAAGAUCCCACCGGGAUUGGGCACUCCGGUACCUAAAGGCUCUGCCGCCGCGAUAUCAGCAGUUCCUGUAGUCACCGAGACUCCUGUAGGAGGCGGUAUAUUAGAAUGCACUAGAUUUUUACCACAAAUCUUAAUUAGGGGAGAACACGUGGUUCUUAUUAAUAUAUUUGAACGA